GCGCGCGUGCAGUGGGACAAAGCUGCGCGUGGCGGAGACAUGCGGCUCCUCGCGCUCCUCGUCCUCCGCGUCCUCGCGCUACACGGACACCCCACGAACCAGCGCGCGCUCACGGAGAAGUUCUCAGUCCUGAAGAAGUGGUCUAGACCGGCUCAAGACCCAGUUCGGGACUUGGGUGUGUCCUUGAACCGAACGAAAUCCUGGUCUUCGUCCGGACUCAGAUCCAGGCCUCGGUGCGGGGUUCCGGACUUCCCGACGCUGCAGGAUUUGUCCCAGAGAGCGACUGGACCGAGGCAGAGACAGAGACGCUUUGUGCUGCACGGAGGACGACUCGACAAGACCGAGCUCACAUACAGAAUAGUACGUUUCCCGUGGCAACUGCGCGAGGAGAAAGUGAGACGAGUUUUUAAAGAAGCUCUGAAAAUCUGGAGCGACGUGACGCCUCUGAGCUUCACCGAGAUCCACAGCGGGAAGGCGGACAUACGGAUCGACUUCACCAGGUACUGGCACGGGGAUAACCUCCCGUUCGAUGGCCCCGGGGGUAUCCUGGCUCACGCCUUUUUCCCCAAAACCCAUCGCCAAGGAGACGUGCACUUCGACUACGACGAGGCCUGGACCCUCGGCAACCACAUGGGCACAGACCUUCUGCAGGUGGCCGCUCAUGAGUUUGGUCAUGUUCUGGGGCUGCAGCACUCCCCAGUGCCUGGAGCCAUCAUGUCGGCGUACUAUUCCUUCUCCUCUCCCCCGAGGCUGAGCGAGGACGACCGCAGAGGGAUCCAGUACCUGUACGGAGCCAAGCCACGCCCCCAACCGCCCCUGACGCCCCGCCCACCUGCACCUGCCGCACCUGCCACACCGCCAGAGACCAACGAGAUCCUGACGCCACCGGACGUGUGUCACACAGACUUUGACGCGGUCGCUCUGAUCCGUGGCGAGCUCUUCUUCUUCCGUUCUGGUUUCGUUUGGCGGAUCCGCGAGGGGCGGCUGGAGACGGGGUACCCGGCGCUGGCAUCACGCCACUGGAGCGGCCUUCCUCACAACAUCGACGCCGCGUUCGAGGACAAGUCCGGGAAUAUCUGGUUUUUCCAAGGGUCCAGGUACUGGGUGUUUGACGCUCAGAUGCAGCAGCGUGGCCCCGAGCCCCUGUCCUCUCUGGGUCUGGGGGUCCUGGGGGUGCAGGCGUCUCUGCGGUGGGGGCGGGACCACAGCUUUGACACGCUGCUGUUCAGAGGAGACUCGUUCUGGAAGUUCAGUCCUAAAGAGGGACGAGUGGAGCCUGGACCCCCCCGGAGCCUGAGCGCCUGGAGGGGGGUCCCCCGAGACCUGCACGCCGCCUUCAGGGACAUCUACGGUUACGCUCACUUCAUUCGGGGGAGGCAGUACUGGAAGUUUGACCCGGUGGGGGUGAACUCUGUGGACAGGUUCCCAGAGGCUGGGUCCUCUCUGGAGGGGUACUCAGAGGCCGGGUCCCCUCUGGAGGGGUACCCAGAGGCCGGGUCCCCUCUGGAGGGGUACCCGCGUCUGAUCGGAGUCGACUUCUUCGGCUGCAGGACCUAAGAUGCAUUAAAGACUCUUUGAAUAUUUCACUGUUUAUUUCAGAUUUUUGAGCUCAGACUUGUGACAAUUCUGAACUUUGAUUUUAUUUUUUUUUUCAACUAUGGCUGAACAAUUUGGGGAAAAUAUGUAAUUAUGAUUUAUGUUUUUAAAAUGUGUUUCUGUUCAAAGUUCACAUUUUAAACCAGAAGAACUGACAAAAAGACUGAAAUCUGAACUGACUAAAACAAGAAUCUGACACACAGGGAGGGCAUCUGACACACACACACACACACACACACACACACAGGGAGGGCAUCUGACACACACAGGGAGGGCAUCUGACACAGGUACAUUUCAGAACAUGUUUGUACAGGUCUAAGUGACAGGGUUAGAUGUUUUUAUGGGACUUCACAAACAUUUCAUAUAAAAAAUUGUAAAAAAAAAAAAAAAGUUAUGCUUUUUUUUUAUUUUUAUUUCACUCUCAGGAUCAAGGCGCUGCAAGUGGAUUUAUUUUGCACAAUAUUUUUGAAUUUUACCAGCAGCAUUUUGCUUUAAGCUCCACAUUCCAACAGGGCUAAACCAGGUCUAAACCAAAACAAAACCAGGACUAAACCAGGACUAAAGCAGGAUUAAACCAGGACUUAAGCAGGGCUAAACCUGGACUAAACCAGGACUAAACUACGACUAAACCAGGUCUAAACCGGGACAAAACCAGGUCUUAACCAAAACAAAACCGGGACUAAACCAGGACUAAACCAGGAUUAAACCAGGACUAAAUCAGGACUAAACCAGGGCUAAACCAGGACUACAUCAGGACUAAACCAAGACUAAACCAGGACUAAACCAUGUCUAAACCAGGGCUGAACCAAGGCUAAACCAGGACUAAACCAGGACUAAACCAGGACUAAACCAGGAUUAAACCAGGACUUAAAUAGGGCUAAACCUGGACUAAACCAGGACUAAACCAGGAAUAAACGAGGACUAAACCAGGUCUGAGCCAGGACUAAACCAGGUCUGAGCCAGGACUAAACCAGGGCUGAGCCAAGACCAAACUAGGACUAAACCAGUACUAAACUGGGACUGAACCAGGAAUACACCAGGACUAAACCAGGAUUGAACCAGGACUGAGCCAGGACUAAACCAGGUCUAAACCAGGACUAAACCAGGGCUGAGCUAGGACUAAACCAGGACUAAACCAGGUCUAAACCAGGACUAAACCAGGACUGAGCCAGGACUAAACCAGGUCUAAACCAGGACUAAACCAGGGCUGAGCCAGGACUAAACCAGGUUUAACCCAGGAAUAAACCAGGACUAAACCAGGACUAAACCAGGUCUAAACCACAACUAAACCAGGACUGAGCCAGGACUAAACCAGGUCUAAACCAGGACUAAACCAGGACUGAGCCAGGACUAAACCAGGUCUAAACCAGGACUAAACCAGGGCUGAGCUAGGACUAAACCAGGACUAAACCAGGUCUAAACCAGGACUAAACCAGGACUGAGCCAGGACUAAACCAGGUCUAAACCAGGACUAAACCAGGGCUGAGCCAGGACUAAACCAGGUUUAACCCAGGAAUAAACCAGGACUAAACCAGGACUAAACCAGGUCUAAACCACAACUAAACCAGGACUGAGCCAGGACUAAACCAGGUCUAAACCAGGACUAAACCAGGACUGAGCCAGGACUAAACCAGGACUAAACCAGGUUUAACCCAGGAAUAAACCAGGACUAAACCAGGGCUGAGCCGGGACUAAACUAGGUCUAAACUAGGACUAAACCAGGGCUGAGCUGGGACUCAAGCAGGACUAAACCAGGAUUAAACCAGGGUCAUAUAUUAUAUGGUGUAUGGGUAGCACUUGAUGACAUCAGCAGGUGGCACAGUGUCUCUCUCAUGUUUAAACUCUUUGUUGUU